AUGAAGACCUACCACACCAGAACGCCAUCCAGGUCUCUACCAACUCCUCGAUUCACUGAUGUAGUACCACUAAAUAUUGAUGACGAUUUCUGUCAUCACAAUGAUCUGUAUUUACCUCUGUACGGACUCACGAGAGAGGUAGCCAUCAUCAGACUAUCAUUCAAAGCCACGAUUACAGCCCCUAUAAGGCAUCGUGCACCGUGGAUUAUGCUACCAUACGGUGGUAGCAUCCAGACUUUACUACAAGAGUUCAAAUCCGCCGCAAAAGUGACGGAUAUCAACAGCCAACUUCACUGA